AUGUCCCAAUACGCUAGUUCAUCAUCCUGGACAUCCUUCCUAAAAUCAAUUGCAUCAUUCAAUGGUGAUCUUUCGUCAUUAUCGGCUCCACCAUUCAUCUUAGCUCCAAUCUCUUUAUCAGAAUUCUCUCAAUAUUGGGCUGAACAUCCAGAUUUAUUCCUAGACCCAUCCUUCAUCAACAAGGACAACUAUGCAAACUAUCUAGGAGCCGAAAUAGAAUGUGAAUCUCCAGAAAUGACUCGCAUGUUAUCUGUUACCAAAUGGUUCAUAUCUACUUUAAAAUCUCAAUAUUGUUCUCGUAAUGAAUCAAUGGGAUCUGAAAAGAAACCAUUGAACCCAUUCCUUGGUGAAGUAUUCGUCGGUAAAUGGGAAAACAAAGAUCAUCCCGAAUUCGGUGAAACUGUCCUAUUAUCUGAACAAGUCUCUCAUCAUCCUCCAGUCACUGCAUACACAAUCUUUAAUGAUAAAAAUAAAGUUAAAUUACAAGGGUAUAAUCAAGUUAAGGCAACUUUCACUAAAUCUUUAAUGUUAACUGUGAAACAAUAUGGUCAUACUUUAUUGGAAGUCAAUGAUGAAUCGUUUUUGAUUACUCCUCCUCCUUUACAUAUCGAGGGGAUAUUGAUGGCUUCACCAUUCGUUGAAUUGGAGGGGAAAUCUUAUAUUCAAUCAUCCACUGGGAUGCUUUGUGUAGUGGAAUUCUCUGGAAGAGGUUAUUUCUCCGGUAAGAAGAAUUCAUUUAAGGCAAGAAUUUAUAAAGAUGCUGCUGAUUCUAAAGAUAAGGAAAAUGCUUUGUAUACAAUAAGUGGUCAAUGGUCUGGUAUUAGUAAGAUAGUUAAAAAUAAUUCUAAAGAGGAAGUUUUGUUUUAUGAUGCUGGGAAAGUCGCCGCGGAACAUCUUUAUGUUAAACCAUUGGAGGAACAACAUCCUUUGGAAAGUAGAAGAGCUUGGCAACAUGUUGCAGAAGCUAUUACUUUGGGUGAUUUCGAUUUGAUUGCAAAGACUAAGACUGAAUUAGAAGAAAGCCAAAGAGAGUUAAGAAAAGUUGAAGAGGCUAAGGGAAUUAGUUGGCAAAGAAGAUGGUUCCAUGAUGUUGAUUAUUCAGAGGAACCAGAUGAAAGCUCAUACGUACCACAAUCAAAUGAUAUUUUCUUGAAAUUAGCAAGUGCCUUUUCUUUAUCUACUAAGAAUGUUCCAAGUGGUACUUUAAUCGGUGAUAGAGAAGAUAAGAAGGAGGGAUUAACUUCUGUACAUUGGAGAUUUAAAAGGCAUUUAUGGGAAGAUGAAAAGGAAAUCGUUUUAUAG